UACGAGGGUAUAUAAUUAUUAUAUAAAAAAUGACGGGAAUAAUGAACCGUCCUUGGAAACGGAGCGCCACCUUAGAUUUAGAAUGUCUCCACGUAAUAGGAACUGGUAGUUUUGGCAGAGUUUACAAAGCUAGACAAACUCUGCUCGGAAAUAUUGAAUUUUACUACGCCGUAAAACAAAUAUUUGUUUAUAAGACGUUACAACAUUUUGAGUGGGAACCCUGUGAAAAUGUUACGCGAGGUGAUACUUUUGCAGGAAAUUAACCAUACGAAUGUCGUCCGGUAUUAUUCGUUUUGGUUGAAUGGUUGCUUAAGUUGGAAGGGAGAUGCAAAUCUGUACAGUUGUGCGGACAGCGAGUUUCUCUAUAUUGUGAUGGAAUUGUGUGAUUUUUCGUUGAAAAAGUGGUUAGCGGAUAAUGUGGAGUUUAAAUCUCGUGAAGUGUUUAUUCCAGGAAUUAUGCUGAAUACGUUAAGUGGGUUGGGUUAUCUGCACGAGAGGUCAAUCAUCCAUAGAGACUUGAAACCGGAUAAUAUACUGGGGAGGGAGGUUAAUGGGAGGUUGGAGUGGAAGAUUGGAGAUCUUGGUCUUGCCAGGAAACAUGGGCAGGGAGACGAGCAAAGUGAGAUGGUGGGCUGUUUGGAGUAUAGAAGUCCGGAGAAUGAGAAUUCGAAAAUGGCGGACGUUUACGCGUUAGGGAAAACGUUUUUAAAUUUGUUUCCGAAGGAUGUACUGAAUUUGGGGAGAACGGCAGAAUGUGCCGUUUUAUGUCAGAUAGAUAAAAGUAGAUUCCAAUAUGAUAAAGUUGUAGGACUUGUUAAAAAAAUGUGUGAUAAUAAUAAAGAUUUAAGGCCUUUAGUCAAAGAAGUGAAGUUGGAGAUGAAAUUAAUUUUGGCAAAGCAGCAAAAUGCGGAUAAGGUGACAAUAUGUUCGGAAGUCGAUGAGGAAGGUACUGGUUUUGAUAUGAGUGUAGUAGUGUUUUUAUACAUGUUAAAUGUAUGUAUGUAUGUAUUUAUUGAUAUAUGGCCUGCAGCCCUCAUCAACAUGUCACAGAGUUUACAUAAUGCAGUAAUUAAAUUCAUUCAUAGUAAUAAGUCGUAUUCAUAGUAAUAAGUCGUAGUAAUUAAAAACAUCAAUCCAAAAGCAAAAUAAUGAUUUAAAAAAGUUUCGAUUUGUCCUGUUAUCAUUAUACAUUUCAGAAAGGGAGGGAAAAUCUUUAGCAUAUACAUACAAAUAUUUUUCUCUACUGGGAGUGAGGAUUCUACAUUUUAGUGUGAGGUGAUCAACGGUGGCGUCAGAUCCAGAUGUACAAAAUGGACAGCAAGUGUUAGUUGUUACUUUUCUAUCACCAAGUUUUAUAGAGUACAGUCCUAUUCGUAGUUGCGAGAUAAUGCUGCAGAUUGCAAAAGGAAGAUUCAUUGUUAAAUAUGGUUCUGUGAUGGCAUGUGACUUCAUGGCUGCAUAUUGCGCCAUUCGACUAGAAUUGAUUAAUCUGGAAGAGUCUUCAUUAAUUGAUUUGGCGAAAGAUUGGCUGACUAUUUUUGAGAAAUGUUCUGUAAUGCGUUCCGAAAGCACAUCAGCGUGUUCAUCAAAGUGUCCCAUAUCUGUUCCUUCUAAGAGGGAUUCAACCUUGCGUAUCCAAUUGAAUUUGUGAUUGUUGCCUUCUCUCCUUGCCCACUUUAUCUGCCAUCGUAUACAUUGGCCAAGGAUUGAUUUCUCUUCUCGCAUUAGUAGUUUCUUGAUGAAUGUCAACGUCUGUUUAAUCAAGAGUUUUAUAAAUGUUAAAUAGUAAUUAAGAAUUUUUCCGGUUUUAAAAAAUAUAGGCACAAAGAGACCAUGCCACAGUUAUCCUGUGACAAUCUGCUUGUCGUACAUUGUUCUCAUACUGGCGACGAUUUUGUCAGUAUUGGUUUUCCAAACGUAUUGGUGGCGUGUUACCGUCGAGAAGACAAAUCCUCCAUGCCAGUUCGAGAAUGAAAAUAAAAAACUGAGGACUAAAUAUGAGCGCGGUUUACGAAAAUAUUCAAUCAACUCGACCACCGGGGAUGUCCUCGUUGCUGAGACAGGAAGCAUAUAUUUCGUAUCAAAUUAUACCUAUGCCACAUCACAUACUUGGACAAUUAGGGCAAAUAGUUUUGAGUUUGUGUGGAUUAAAUUACUGAGGAAUGAGUUACCAAUUACGGCGAAAUUAACGGUGACCCCUGUCAUGACGCUGCUGCAAAUUAACGAGAGGAAUGGUACAAACGCCGACCUCAACGAGGCAAGGCAACUAAUAAGCACAAAUAGUGAUCAGAAAUACGUUUUCCACGGACCAAUCCUACUCUUGACGUUGGAAUUGAAAGCAAGAAAAAUAAAUGAGGAAACCAAGCCAUACUUUUUCCUAAAAUUUGGAGGAUUUGGAAACGAGUCGAGAUAUUUAAACAGAAUUUUCUCCCAUUAUAAUUACAUCGCACCGAGUGGGCAUAUUAAUUACCCAGGGAACGAGAAGAACUACAGAAAUAAUGAGAUAGCGACAUUUGUGAUAAAUCCGGUACAAACAAUUACUAUGCCUGGGUUCCUCUAUGCCGCCAACAUGGAGAAAAACAACGCUUGUGGGGACAGUUUGACAGUAUUUAGAGUUAUACCAGAAAAAAUUAGUAGAUACGGGCAUCUCAGAUAUAAUUACAGGAUUUGCAAGAUUGUGGAAAACUCACAGGCGAAGUAUGAAUGGGAGCGAUUGUUCUUGGUUUUCGUUAGUAAUGAAGAUAUAACGGGGAAAGGGUUCAGAUUCGGGUGGUGAUGGAGAUGUGGAUUUUUUAUUGCUGUGGGAAAUAAUUAUUUGAAAAUCGGUUUAUAAAAUGGGUACAGUUGGUAGAUUUAAAAUGUUGAACAAUUGUAAGUAUUUGUAAUUUUGUCAUAUUUGCCUGAAAGGGACGAAAUUGAAUUAGUAAUAAAAUCUGAGAUACUUAUUUAAGAAAAUUCUGAUUCAUAUUAGUUUUCGUUAAGGACUAUUAGCAAAACAACUUAUUUAGCAGAAAUAAAUUUGGUGUGGAGAACCAUUGUUCGUUACGUGGCUGCAUCUCUACUUUGCAACUUGGAGACCAGAAAUAAUUUUGGUAAAAUGUUAGAUUUUGAAAAAAAUAAGAAUUAUUUUUACAAUGUAAAUGGGGGAAGGGUGGUUUAAUUUUUUGGCUGCAGUAGUAACUGGAUGAAUCUCUCCCUACGGGAACUGGAAAAUCUCCUCUUAAUUAUUUAUAAAUAUUUAUAUUUAUCCUUAAUAUUUUUUUCAGCCACGAAAUCUAGAAGAGUUGUUAUUCUACAUUAAAUGCAGCAAAAUUAAGUAAUUUUUUAUGGGAAUGAUGUAAAAAUAAGA